CCCUCGCAGUUCACGAGCUCAUAGUAUAUUUCAAGAAAUAAUUCAACCUGUUCUUCCAUGAGCCCAUAAAUACCCAUGCAGAUUCCCAAACUGGAUCAAUAUCACCAAUCAUCAGUACUUUACUCUCAGGUUAAUAUUUCGUAAGGCUAAAAUGUUUGCACAUAAGAUGGCCCACAAGCUGGAAGCACAAGUCAAGAAGAUCGUUGACUUUGCCGGAGACAGUCUUCAUUCUCUUGGUGUUCAUUCUGAUCCAUUGUGUCUUCAUUCUCUUGGUGCUCAUUCUGCUCCAUUGACUCCAGCUAUCAAAAAGCUGGAAGCACAGGGUGGUGAGAUGGGAGAUGUAUGGGAUGAUGGUGCUCACCAAAAUGUUAAAGAAGUAUAUGUAGGGAAAAGCCAGGAUGGUAUAGCAUUCGUCAAAUUCAAGUAUGUCGAUGGUUCUAAAGUGGUAGUUGGAGAUGCACAUGGAAAGAAGACUUCGCUAGAAGUUGAUGAGUUUGAGAUCGAUGUCGAUGACUACAUCGUAUAUGUGGAAGGUUACCGUGCGACAGUUAAUGAUAUGCCCACAGAAAUGAUCACAUUUCUUUCAUUCAUGACUUAUAAAGGAAAAGCCUAUACGUCCUCGGGGCCUAUCGAAAGAAGACCAGGGACUAAGUUUGUGUUUCACGGUGGAAAAAUCGCUGGGUUUCACGGACGUUCGGCCAAAGUCCUAUACGCCCUCGGGGCAUAUGUUUCUUUGUCGUGCACUCCGAAAUUGAGUGGAAAGUGGACAAAGGUGGAGCAAAAAGGAGAAGGUCCAGGGCUAAGAUGUUCGCAUGGCAUAGCACAGGUUGGUAACAAGAUUUACGCCUUUGGUGGUGAGUUCACACCAAAUCAGCCCAUCGACAAACACCUUUAUGUCUUCGACCUCAAGACCCAUACUUGGUCCAUUUCUCCGGCCACGGGAGACGUUCCGCACCUCUCUUGCUUAGGUGUCCGUAUGGUUGCAGUAGGGUCAACCCUAUAUGUCUUUGGAGGCCGAGACGCUUCACGGCAAUAUAACGGUUUCUACUCAUUUGACACAACCACGAAUGAGUGGAAACUGGUAACCCCGGUCGAAGAAGGACCCACUCCUCGUAGUUUCCACUCGAUGGCAGCCGAUAAGAACAACGUUUACGUUUUCGGUGGAGUGAGUUCAACGGACCGGCUCAAGACACUUGACGCUUACAACAUCGCUGAUAAGAAGUGGGUGCAGUGUUCGACCCCAGGAGAUUACUUUAGCGUUAGAGGAGGAGCUGGGCUCGAAGUGGUGCAAGGGAAGGUAUGGGUUGUGUACGGAUUCAACGGAGAAGAAGUAGAUGAUGUUCAUUACUAUGAUCCUGUAGAAGACAAGUGGACACAAGUGGAAACAUUUGGUGAGAAGCCUUCCGUAAGGAGUGUAUUCGCUAGUUCGGCUGUAGGGGAACACAUUCUGUUGUUUGGAGGUGAGGUUGCGAUGGACCCACAAGGUCACGUGGGUCCAGGUACACUGGCCGAUGGGACUUUUGCGCUGAAUACAAAGACGUUAAAGUGGGAGAGGGUGGAUAAGUUUUGUGAGGAGGUGACUCCGAGUAACCGAGGAUGGACAGCCUCCACGAUAGGGACCAUUGAUGGUAAGAAAGGACUUGUGAUGCAUGCUGGGAAAGCUCCAACCAAUGACCGGUAUGAUGAUCUCUUCUUUUUCGGGAUUGAAUCUGAUCUGUUGAAUCCUGCCAAGACUCUACCGGCUCUUGGUAGUGAUGAUGGAACUCUAUGGGAUGAUGGUGCUUACGAUGGUGUUAAGAAGGUGUACGUAGGACAAGCCCAAGAUGGUAUAUCAGCUGUUAAGUUUGUUUACAAUAAUGGCUCUCAUGAGAUCGUAGGAGAUGAACGUGGAAAGAGUACUCUACUCGGAUUCGAAGAGUUCCAACUUGACUAUCCAAGUGAAUACAUCAUCGCGGUUGAAGGCACAUACGAUAAAAUAUUUGGUAGUGAAGCCGAAGUCAUAAAUAUGCUUAGGUUCAAAACUAAUAAGCGAACGUCUACACCCUUUGGAAUUGAAGCUGGUACAGCCUUCGAGCUCAAAGAAGAAGGUUACAAGAUCGUCGGGUUCCAUGGAAAAGUCAAUGAUUUGCUUCAUCAGUUUGGAGUCCAUGUCCUUCCAAUCACAAACUGAUCAUCACAUUCAAUCCCACCAAAUUUGUCACUUGUGAUAUCUUGAUUGGGUUUUUCUAACUUUUUCUUGUUAUGUUUGUUUAUGUUAUAAUAAUGUUUUUGAGCAUGGUCUCUUCUGUGAAGUUGUUAUGUCCUUGAUGUUAUAUGUGAUUGGCUUUAAUAAAGGUGGUUUGAUUCAA